AUGGGUUUCCCACAAGUGAUAGCAGCGUUCCACGCAACGUACGACAUGAUCGGUCUUCCUGGUAAUAUAUUGGUCAUAGUGGUGAUCAUCUUGGAAUCAAGAUUUCAUGUGAUGCGAUAUAUUUUACUGGCCAGUCUCGCUUUAUCAGACUUUCUGCUGUUGAUCCUCGUUAACUCAUUCCGCAUCAAAAGCAUAGCGCAAGAACGUUGGUUGUAUGGCCAAACAAUGUGUUAUCUCAACCCAUUCUUUGUGAGAUACUUCUACACCAACACGGUUCUUCACUUGGUGGCAGUGUCUUAUAAUAGAUACCUAGCGAUCGUCAAGUCGCCUUUGACGUACGAUGGUGCCAUUACAAAAACCAGAGUGGUUUUUAUAGCUCUCAUCUGGAUAAUCCCGGUGAUUCCAAUUUCUAUCGGUCUGUUCCAAGGUUGGGGAAAGUACGCUUACAACCCAGAGUUGAUCAUCUGCGAGCAGGGAAGGGCUAUCGAUCGGCAGAACGGUAGCAUCAUGAUGAGCGAAAACAUGAUCGUUGUACCUAUCGCCACUAUUAUAAUGCCAUUCCUGGUCAUCUUGGUCCUAAAUGUGUCUGUAUACAAGACAGCUAAUCGGCAGAUAAACGCCAUGGUAGUCCAGGUUAAUGGCCCUGUUGAUGCUGAAAUCACUCAACAGCAAGAGAUGGUAUCGAGACAACUAAGAGAUCGCAAGGCCGCUGUCGAUGUCACUAUUAUCAUUGCCGCGUUUUUGGUGUGCUUUCUUCCCUUCUGGGUUACAGGCAUUUGUCGCCUGUUCGUCCCAGGAAUUGAUGUUCCAGCCGAGGCAGAUCUUGCCACUGCAUGUAUUUUCUUCUUCAGCACAAUAUGCAACCCGAUUAUCUAUUCCAUCCGUAAAAGAGAAUUCCGUAGUGCGGUGAAGAAAAUGUUCCGGCGGAUUGGAGUUUGUCAAGAUUCUAACCAGAACGACAUCGUUUAA